UUAAGUUUAAGUUACGCCAUGCACAACUACCAGAGUGCCAAACGUUUGAAAAGAAUUCAAAUCAUUCUUUAAUAUUUGUGAUAAAACAGCAAUAAUAAUGGUAUUUGGUGGUCCAAUUAUCUAUUGUAUUUGAUAUCAUUAGGUAAAAGUGUUUGUGUUUAUAAAUUCUAUCAAAACAAUAUAUAUAUAUAUAUACAUACAUAACCUAUAAAGAGCAUUAAUUAUUUUAAUCAUUAAAUGAGACUGGGAAGAAUUGUCAUUCUCUUCUUUGUUGGUGUUAUGUGAAAUAAUUUUAGUGAAAUUCAAUAUUGCGAUAAUAAAUAAUAAAAUGGCUAACAUACCAGAAAGUGCAUUAGUUGCUGCUCAAAGAGCUGUACAAUUUGAUAGAAAUGGACAAUAUAAACAAGCUCUAUAUUAUUAUGAUAUAGCAGUAAAAUCUCUUGAUGGAUUAUCAUUAAAUGUUGCAUAUGAACAGAAGAUUGCAGAUUAUCGAGAAAGAAUAUCUGCAAUUCAACAAUUAAUUAAUGUGAAAGAUGAAACACAUGAUACUAUUAGUCAACAAAAGUCUGAUCUUCAUAGAUGUGAAUUUUUGAUGAGUCAAGCACUUGAUGCUGAUGAAGCAGGUGUCAAAGAUGUUGCUAUGAAAUUAUACACGGACGCUGCUGAAUUGGGUCUUAGUAUAAAAGUAACUACUUCGGAAAUAAAAAUAAAGUUAAAUAAUUUAAUCCGACUUGCUCUUGAAAGAGCUGAAUCUUUAAAAGGUAUUAAACAACAAAAUGAUAAUAAUGAUGAUGAUGAUCAAGAUGAUAUCAUUAAAUCUCUUCAAAAUUUACAACCUGUUCCUAAUGAUGAUCCUUCAGAUACACUUCCAUCGUUACAAUCUUCUACUACAAAUGCAAAUACAUUUUUAGGACAUCAAACAAGACCCUCAUUGCACCGUGGUAAUAGUGCACAUCUUAAAAUAGCAGGUGGUAGUACUACUUAUACAGAUGAGGAAAAAAAAGUUUUACUUCAUAGUUCUCAUAUAAAUGAUAAAGAAUUUGUACCUUUUAUGGAUGUUGAUUUAUUAGAGAGAUUUCAAUAUGCUAUACCAUUUACUGAUAAAGAUGGAUUAUUGGCAUUAGCUCCUAAACAAAAAGCAUCUUUUGCAAGAUGGUGUCGACCAGAAGAAUUAUAUUCUGAACCUAAGAUGUUGAUGGGACGUUAUGUUAGCUAUUACAGCAUUCAACAAACUGUCAUAUCUGAUUGUUCAUUUGUGGCUUCUCUUGCUGUCAGUGCUCAAUACGAAAAGAGAUUUGGUCGCAGACUUAUCACAUCUAUUAUUUAUCCAAAAAAUAGGAAUAACGAACCAGUUUACAAUCCAUUUGGGAAGUAUAUGGUGAAAUUACACAUUAAUGGUAUUCCUCGUAAAGUAAUAAUAGAUGAUUUGUUACCUGUAAAUCGACACAAUCAAUUACUUUGCUCAUACUCUAACAAUCGUGGUGAACUGUGGGUUUCUUUAUUAGAGAAAGCAUAUAUGAAAGUAAUGGGUGGUUAUGAUUUUCCUGGAUCUGGUAGUAAUAUUGAUUUGCAUGCCUUGACUGGUUGGAUACCUGAAAGGUAUGCUAUCAAACCAGAUGAUCCAGAUUUUAAUAAAGAUGGUUUCUUUGAAACUCUAAGAUUGAGAUUACAUAAGGGUGACAUGCUUGUCACAGUUGGUACUGGACAACUGUCAGAUGUUGAAGCGGAGAGAGCAGGUCUUGUGCCUACUCAUGCUUAUGCAGUAUUAGAUGUUAGAGAAAUAAAUGGAGUUAGACUUUUUCAAUUGAAAAAUCCAUGGUCUUAUUUGAGAUGGAAAGGAAAUUACUCUGAAUUAGAUACAAAUCAUUGGACUCGUGAGUUAAAAGAAUUAUUGAAUUAUGAUCCAGAUUCUGCAUCACAAUUGGAUAACGGAGUAUUUUGGAUUGACUAUGACAGCAUAUGUCAAUUUUUUGUUGUCUUUCUUAUUAAUUGGAAUCCUGGUUUAUUCAAUUAUACUUACUGUAUUCAUCAGAUGUGGAAUGCCGGAAUAGGCCCAGUAAAAGACGUAUAUAAUAUAGGCGAUAAUCCACAAUUUUUACUUGAAGUGCAAAGUAAUACUACAGGAGCAGUAUGGAUUCUCUUGACAAGACAUAUUACUGAUAUAGCUGAUUUUCGAGAAAAUAAAGAAUACAUCACAGUAUUAGUAUACCGGAAUAAUGGCAAAAGAGUGUAUUAUCCAGAUGAUCCUCCGCCAUAUAUUCAAGGAAUAAGGAUAAAUAGUCCACAUUAUCUUUGUAAAAUAAAAUUAGAAAAUGACAGUGAUACGCGUUAUACUUUAGUUAUAUCACAAUAUGAAAAAACGCAAACGAUAUAUUACACUUUACGUGCAUAUGCAACAUGUCCUUUUAAAUUAUGGCAAAUACCUCAGUUAUACAAAUGUGAAAAAGAGAUUACAGAUGGUCAAUGGAAAGGGAUUUCAGCAGGGGGAUGUUCCAAUCACGCAACUUAUCCCAAUAAUCCGCAUUAUCAACUUGAUCUAGAAAGUUCUAAGGAUAAUAAUUAUGUAUUGAUUAUUUUAAAAGGACCUAAGGAAUAUCAAAUAGGUUUUGACAUUGUUACAGUUACUGUUAAUAAUUCAAAUGCAGAGGUGUUUAAAUCCAAAAAUUCUGGUUCAUUUCGGCCAGGAUUUGCUUAUCUAGAAUUAGAAAAAGUACCAGCUGGAAUGUAUCAUAUUAUUCCAUCGACAUACUUGCCAGGACAAGAAGGCCCAUUCUUUUUGAUAUGUAAAUCAUCUUGUAAUUUACUUCUUCGACGAAUUCAGUGAUGUCAUGAUGAAAAUAUCUUCUUUGAAAAAUAGAUCUUAUUCUGUUUUUAUUUAAACUUGUUCAUUGAUAGAUACUGAUAAUGAUGUUACAAUCGUACUAAUGCUUAAAAAAUAAGCAAUAAUUUCACUGCACAACUCUAUUUAGUUUAUUUGCUUGCAUUAAAUUAAUGGCAUGUCUAAUGUUAUAAAAAAAAAAAAAAAAAAUAAAAUAAGAAAGAAAUAGUAUAAGAACAGUGUAUAGUAAAAUACCUUAGUUUUACAAUUCAAAGUACAAAUAAAAAUAACAAGAAUA